AUGUUUCAGGGUGUUUUGGAUAAAGAAAGGAUGAUAUUUGCAGAAUUCAGUGAAGAACUACAAAUAUCCAAUGACCUCCUCCUACUCAGAGGUAGAAAGGUAGAUAAUAUUAGUGACGUGAAAACAGAUCCCUGUGCACCUAAUGGGGAUAUAUAUGACAGGACAGGACAUAGGGAGGACAAAACUCAAUGCGCGAGUGGAUGUCUUGUUAAGAUCAAAGGUGCGCCUGAAGUGUCUGAAGAUGGUCCGACGUCAAGAAACGAAGGUCCGAGGUUGCGCAAAGCAUCUGAAGAGCUUCUGGUGAACAGCAAAGAUUCCAAGAGAGAAAUAUGGUGGUACAACUACACAAAGCCCAUUGGAAGAACUAAGAGACAGCAAGAUGUGAAAUGGCAGUGGUCAGGUCAAAAAAUCAUUCUGAAUGAACAAAAGAUCGAUUGCGUGAAGUAUGACUAUCCGAAGCAUUUCGAUGUAUGUGCCCCUAAGACAUAA